UCAAACCCUGAGCUCCUCUGGUCUCAGGAGGCGCGCGAGGCUCUGGAGGCUAAAGACCGCUACAUGGAGGAGAUGGCAGACACGGCAGACGCCAUCGAGAUGGCCACGCUGGACAAAGAGAUGGCGGAGGAGCGGGCCGAGUCUCUGCAGCAGGAGGUGGAGGCUCUGAAGGAGAAGGUGGAGGAGCUGAGCAUGGACCUGGAGAUCCUCAAACACGAGAUCGAGGAGAAGGGUUCGGACGGAGCGGCCUCCAGCUUCCACGUCAAGCAGCUGGAGGAGCAGAACGGACGUCUGAAGGAGGCUCUGGUCAGGAUGAGGGAUCUGUCAUCGUCAGAGAAGCAGGAGCACGUGAAGCUCCAGAAACAGAUGGAGAAG